CCGAGGCCCCUCCUGCCUGCCGGGGAAGCCUUAAAACAGCCCGGCGAGGCACGGAGCCCCGCACUCGGGAGCCCCGACCCACGGGCAGAAGCGCCUCGCUGAGCCGAGAGCCGCUCCGCUGCAGCCGCCGCCAUGCAGGGCACCGUGAGGCUGUGGGUGUCGGUGCUGACUUUCGCCCUGUCGCUGCUGGUCUGCCUGGGGACGCUGGCAGAGGCGUACCCCUCCAAACCGGACAGCCCCGGCGAGGACGCCCCCGCAGAGGACAUGGCCAGAUACUACUCGGCGCUGAGGCACUACAUCAACCUCAUCACCAGGCAGAGGUACGGAAAGAGAUCAAGCCCAGAGACACUGAUCUCAGACCUCUUGUUGAGGGAAAGCACAGAAAAUAUUCCUAGAUCCAGGUUUGAAGACCCUUCGAUGUGGUGAUGGGAUUUUCAACACGCCGUCAAAACUUUUCCUAGUUUUCAGUUCAUAUUCCACGCCUCUGAAGCAAAUCAUAGCAUCAUUCCCAGUGCAUGCAGCCAUUGUACUGAAUUCUGUAGAGAUUUUCCUUCAUCAUAUUUGUAUAUACCUUUAUUUAAAUAAAUUAUUUGUGCAUUCCAAAAUAUAACAUACUAAAUGAAAACAAGCAACCCUGUCAUUGGUAUAGCAAAGAGUUGUUUUGAACUAUUAAAACUGAAUUAUAACCUC